AUGCAGCAGGACGGAAUCAGCAGUGUGAAUCAGCUGGGGGGACUCUUUGUGAAUGGCCGGCCUCUUCCUCUGGACACUCGGCAGCAGAUUGUGCAGCUAGCAAUGAGUGGGAUGCGACCCUGUGACAUCUCACGGAGCCUUAAGGUAUCUAAUGGCUGCGUGAGCAAGAUCCUAGGACGUUACUACCGCACGGGUGUCUUGGAACCCAAAGGUAUUGGGGGAAGCAAGCCACGUCUGGCCACACCAGCUGUGGUAGCUCGAAUCGCUCAGCUCAAGGACGAGUGUCCAGCGCUCUUUGCCUGGGAGAUCCAACACCAGCUUUGUGCUGAAGGGCUUUGCACCCAGGACAAGGCUCCCAGUGUGUCCUCUAUCAACCGAGUCCUUCGGGCACUACAGGAAGACCAGAAGUUGCACUGGACACAACUCAGACUACCAGAGUUCCAGCGUGGGCAGUAUCCGGAUUCAGUGGCCCGUGGGAAGCUGGCUGCUGCCACCUCUCUGCCUGAGGACACAGUGAGGGUGAGUGAGCUCUGUAACACAGUGUGA